AGCUCUAAUUUGAACUUUCACAGACUCCGAUGGGCGGUGUUGGAACAAGUUGUACGGUGUGAUCAGUUAUCCGUGAAACAUUCGGCUAACACAGAACAAAAAAUCAAACGCACUAGCUGGAGAACUAUAAUAACACGUCACUCGGAAGGCGACUUGCCACAGUUGCCACAUACUCAUUCACAUUAGCCGGGUAGCAGGUUGAUGUCACACGAAGGACGAUGGUUAGGUACGCAAAAAUUUAGGAAUUUGCCAUUUUUAAAUUGAGACCUUUUUCCAAAUGAGCCUAAAGAAGGAGAAUCAACUAUGAACAUCCGAUUUUUGCCACUGCAAGGUAAUGGGAAGGCGUGGGCAAACCGAGAUGGAGUGGUCCGAAAGCUGCAGUUUCCACGUCCAUCCUACAGACUGAUGCCUUCACACGAAUGAGGCCAAGACGCUGAGCACAUUCUUCAUCAUGGGCAGGAUCAACUUUUCCUGCCUUUUUCCGGCCUCCUGGCAUUUCAGUCUGCCAUCCCAGAUCCUUCCUCGCCUUUUGCUCCCUUCAUCCAGGCAGCUGUUCUUUAUUGGCCUGCUUUUCUUUCUCCUGGGAGUAUUUUACCUGCUGCUGGUCACUGGAAAAUUGCCCGCCAGCUGGACUGCCAAGGAAAACCACUUCCACAGGCACUUGGCUCGUGUGACAGACCUCGACACAACAGACGCAAGCAAUCCUGACCUGAACUAUGGGUUGGUAGUGGAUUGUGGCAGCAGUGGCUCCAGAGUCUACGUGUACUGCUGGCCCAGUCACAACGGCAAUCCCCACGAGCUCCUGGACAUUCGGCAGAUGAAGGAUCAAAAUCGCAAGUCGGUGGUCAUGAAGAUCAAGCCAGGCAUGAGAUUGCAUUUGAAAUGGAUGACAGUAAUAAUUCUAUGUGAUAAGCAGGAUGAUGGUGUUUGUUGUUUGGUCCGUCUUAGAUGUUUCAUCUUGUUGCAUUCAGGGAUUUCUAACAUGGCUCAAACACCGGAGAAGGCCAGUGACUACAUCUAUCCACUCCUGAGCUUUGCAGCUCAACACAUUCCCAAAAACAAGCACAUGGAAACACCUCUUUACAUCCUGUGCACAGCUGGAAUGAGAAUUCUUCCUGAGAGUCAACAGGAGGCAAUUCUGGAAGAUUUGCGAACAGACAUCCCAGUGCACUUCAACUUCCUGUUCUCAGAUUCUCACGUCGAAGUCAUUUCCGGAAAAUUGGAAGGAAUCUAUGCGUGGAUUGGAAUCAACUUUGUCCUUGGAAAAUUUCAGCAUGCGCAUAAUGAUGGAGACGCUGUUGUAGAGGUCAAUGUCCCGGGCAGUGAUCAACAGGCGGCGCUGGUGAGAAAAAGGACUGCUGGUGUGUUGGACAUGGGCGGCGUUUCCACACAGAUUGCAUUUGAAGUGCCCAAAAGUGUAAGCUUUGCAUCUCCACAACAGGUUAUUAUCCACGACCAAUUCUGUUUUUUCUGCUCUUUGGUUGUGUCACUCAUUCUUUCUUCUGCUCCCUGGUUGACACUGUGCACCAUUCUUGUCCCGUGGAGACCAUCUACUCUCCAUGCAUCACUUACUGAGGAAGUGGCCAAGAAUUUACUGGCCGAAUUUAAUCUGGGAUGCGAUGCCCAUCACACUGAUCAUGUGUACCGUGUGUACGUGUCCACUUUCCUGGGUUUCGGUGGAAACGCAGCGCGCCAAACAUAUGAGGAGAGCCUCAUAAAAAACACCACCAGGCAAAAUAAGCUGUCAGGUCAGCAUGUCGGCGAGACGGAAAAGACGCCCCUGCUGGACCCCUGUCUCCCCACAGACCUGCGGGAUCAGAUCGGCACCCCUGAACAGAAGCUCCAUGUGCUCGGCACGGGCGACUUUGACCAAUGCCGACUUAGGCUUCAACCCUUUCUCAACCGCACCAAUGAGACUCAGACGUCUCUGAACGGCAUUUUCCAGCCGGCCAUUGACUACAACAACAGCCAGUUUUUUGGUUUCUCUGAAUUCUACUACUGCACAGAGGACGUGCUGCGCAUGGGCGGAGACUAUAACGCUUCCAAAUAUGCCCAAGCUGCCAAGAGUUACUGUGCCACCCAGUGGAAGACUCUGAGGGAACGCUUCGACUCCGGUUUGUACGCUUCCCACGCUGAUCUCCACAGACUCCAGUAUCAGUGUUUUAAAUCUGCAUGGAUGUAUGAAAUAUUACACUCAGGCUUCUCUUUCCCGCCUGACUAUAAAAACCUGAAAACUGCAUUUUUGGUCUACGAUAAGGAAGUCCAGUGGACUCUCGGAGCUAUUCUCUUCCGAACACGCUUUUUACCUUUGAGGGACAUCCAACAGGAAAGUCUGAAAGGAGUGCACUCUCACUGGCGGCACAGCUUCUCCUUCGUUAACAACCACUACUUAUUCCUGGUUUGUUUUUUCAUCGUUCUCCUGUCAAUCAUCUUGUACAUGAUGCGACUUCGCCGAAUCCACCGGCGCGCCGCAAAGCGCUGCUCCCCUUCCUCUGUGCUGUGGCUGGAGGAUGGCUUGGGAUCACCGACGAUCCCCAUCAACCUCUAAAAACUCCGGUGCAAGCGCUUGCCAUUUGGUUUUCGAGGUUUUUUUUGCGCCAGGAAGCUCCCAUUUCAGACUUCAGGCCUAACUGAGCCACAAAAAGUGUCAGUUUCUGUAUUUGUGUCAUGUUAGAAACCGGGUGGAGAAAAUGGUUGUAUUUUCCUACAGAAGAAACUAAACAAUAUACGAAGGUUCGACUUUUUUUGUGUGGGUGAGCUCUUCGUUCUGUGUUUUUAAGGAUUUUUUAAAAAAAAGCUUAUAAUUCGCAUUUAACGCCAAAUAAUCCAUCUUUAAGCGGCAGGUGCACUGGUAUGCACAUGCAAAUGUUUAAUACUGCCCGUGGAGUUGUGUGCGUGCGCAUAAGAAUCAGACGCAACACUCGUGCAAAUGUCUUGUCACUGUUGGACUCCUUCAAAACACUCUUCAUGGCCAAUAAGGCCUGCUGUUUUUCUUAUGUCUCGUUUUUGCUGUAACGUCAAACGUAUGAGGGCUGGUGCGGCUAUUUAUGGUGCGCUUCAUUUUCAGAAGCUGUCGUAGGACUCAUGAUGAUUAUUAUAAGUGCAUGUAACAUGUUAUUUAUGCACAAUUGGUGUCAUGAAAUGUUUGUUGGACUGCGAUAUGCCAAUAAAAAGGUUGUGGUAUGAGUUUUCUCUUGCCCGAGGUGCUGAGAAAAGACAA